UAACUAUCAUUAGGCUUACGGAAUACGGACUGUUGUUUAAACAGCAGCUUUUCUAUGGGACUUUCCACAUUUCUAAAUAUUGUGUUGUGUGACUAACAAAUCUAAGAACUCGUUUUGGUAUCACAACCAAUCGAGGGCUUGUAAAAAAAUUGCGGCUCCUUUGAGUCACCAAGUAUUUCGUAAUUUUUUUGAAUUAGCGGUUUUCAGUCACGUUGCCCCACCUUAAGUCUUCUUAUUGUUAUCGAUCUGCGCUUGCGCCGUGAAAGAAUUAGUGAGUCGCCAUUCUGUCAUUGUUCGAUCUUUGUUGACUGAACUUUCACGAACUGCGUUGCAGUGUUUACACCUAUCGAGGGAAGCAAAGUUUGUCAUUUGAAAACAGUAAAGUCUCAGAAUGGGAGCUGUUUUGGGUAUUUGUGGUGCAGCCCAGCUGGCCUGCUGCUGUGGAAGUGCAGCUUGUGGUCUCUGCUGCAAAGCAUGUCCGUCAUGCAAAAAUUCAUCAUCAAGCAGGAUCAUGUAUGCUAUCAUGCUAUUGUUAGGCACCAUAGUUGCCUGCAUAAUGUUAAGUCCGGGGUUGGCAACUGCCAUGCAAAAAGUUCCAUUUUGUGAUGAAGCAACAAGCACUACAUCAGAUUUGCUUGUCCCCAAUUCCAUUAAAGUUAACUGUGGAAUUGCUGCUGGAUAUCUCGCUGUAUAUCGCCUUUGUUUCGGCAUGACCCUCUUUUUUCUUUUCAUGGCACUAAUAAUGAUAGGGGUACGAACUUCAAAAGAUCCAAGAGCUGGAAUUCAAAAUGGAUUUUGGGCAAUCAAAUAUCUUGUUUUGAUUGGGACCAUUGUGGGAGCAUUUUUUAUUCCUGAAGAUAAAAAUGAAACAUUUGGCACAACUUGGAUGUGGUUUGGGAUGAUUGGAGGCUUUUUCUUCAUUAUCAUCCAGCUGGUUCUUGUUGUUGACUUUGCACAUCGUUGGGCUGAGUCUUGGGUUGAAAAAUAUGAAGAGACAAGUUCUAAGAUCUGGUACUGUGCUCUGAUUUCCUUCACCUUUUUUCAAUAUGCCCUAUGCAUCACUGCCGUCAGCUUGUUCUUUGUCUACUACACCACGAGUGAUGGAUGUGCUUUAAACAAAUUUUUCAUCUCCAUCAACUUGAUUCUGUGCAUCUUAGUCAGUGUCGUAGCCAUCUUGCCAAAAGUUCAAGAGCACCAACCGCGCUCCGGCUUAUUGCAAUCUUCUAUUGUUAGUUUGUACACAUUGUAUUUGACCUGGUCCGCCAUGUCUAACAAUCCUGAUCCAGCGUGCAAACCAAACUUUUCGGAGAUCAUUAAUGGUCAAACCGGACCUAGUACCGAAGAAGGAAAUCCAACUUUUGACGCCGAAUCGAUUGUGGGCCUCGUGAUUUGGUUCUGUUGUGUUUUGUACUCGAGCAUCCGUACUGCGUCUAACGGACAAACAGAGCGUCUAAUUGGAUCAGAUAAAGUAUUGGCAAAGGACGACAAUGGAUCAUCAGGUAGCGGUAAUGAUGUUCAUGAAAUCGAAUCUGGAGGCAACGUGUGGGAUAAUGAAGCUGAUGGAGUUGCGUAUUCCUGGUCCUUUUUUCACCUGAUGUUUGCUCUUGCUACGCUAUACGUUAUGAUGACUAUAACAAAUUGGUACAAGCCUACAUCUGACUUAUCGACACUGAGCAGCAACGAGGCGUCUGUUUGGGUUAAAAUGAUCUCUUCAUGGUUAUGUCUUGGUCUUUACCUUUGGUCACUUAUAGCCCCUUCGUUGCUACCUGAUCGAGAUUUCAGUUAAAUGCUUUGAUUGUGAACAAAUAAUUACAUUUGCAUUCGAUUCAUUCGAAUGUCACUUGGUCAUUCACUGCAUCAAAAUCCUAUUUGAUGAUGGGUAAAUUGAUAAUUGAUGUGUUAGUAUCCCUCGAUUAGCCCCCGUUUUACUUUUUGGUGUAUGCAAAAAUGCAAUAUAUAAAUUCACGUCGAUUCUAAAAUACACUUAAUCAAUGUA